ACACCUGUCUGAGGGGUCAGUUGCAAAUUCUUACGCGUUUACAAAUCAUAUUAUCAAGAUUGCUUAACCUAUACAAACGUCAGUAUUUGGAUAUCUGCCAGUUAUUUCAGUUGCAAAUUUUUCUUUGCUCCUAAUUUAUAUUGUUAAAAUUAUUAACUCUACAAAGAUCUGUUAUUGGACACCUGCCGCAAGGUUUGGUUGCAAGUUCUCCAUUUAAAAAUUACAAUAUUAUCAAAAUUGCAGUUUUAUGUAUGGUUGAAAAUUUGGCUAACAAUGCAUCGGUCGGUACUCAUCGCAUUUGACUUUGAUCACACGAUUGUCAAUGAUAAUACUGAUAUCGUGGCUCGAAAACUAUUACCCAACGAAAAAUUGCCAGACAGUGUAAAGGAUCUAUAUCGUUCUAACGGUUGGACCACAUACAUGGGGAAGAUAUUUGAAUUGCUUCACAAUAAUUCCAUCGACAUAAAACAAAUCAAAACUGCUAUUAAUAACAUACCUCCUGUACCGGGCAUUGUUGAUCUUCUACAAGAAUUACAUUCUCAAGGUUGUGAAAUUAUUAUUAUUAGCGAUUCAAAUACGUUAUUUAUUAGCGAAUGGUUAAAAAGUAAAAAUUUAAAUUAUGUUAUUGCUGAAACAUUUACAAAUCCUGCGAAAAUCGAUAACGAUGGGGUCAUAAAACUAGACAUGUAUCACGUCCAAAAUUCUUGUAAAUUGAGUACUAUCAAUCUAUGCAAGGGGCAAAUUUUAGAAGAUUAUAUUAAAAAAAGAAACGAUGAAGGAGUACAUUUUGAUCGAAUAGCAUACGUUGGAGAUGGCAAAAAUGAUUUGUGCCCGAUCUUACGACUUUCCGAACGUGAUGUUGCGUUUCCGCGAAAAGAUUAUACACUUAUGAAGAUGUUGAACCAGGCUGAAAAUAACCAGAUUCCAAAAAUAAAUGCACGUGUAUUUCCAUGGAGCGACGGUGUACAAAUUUUAAAAAUACUAGAAAAAGAAAUUGGGUUUUCUCAAAUUUCUUUAUAAUUCUAACGAAAAUAAACAAAACAUUUAUUUAUUCUUAUCUAACUUUAAUUAUAACUAAUAGGUAAAAAUACUUAUACUAUUAUCAAUAAUUAUUAUGUGAUAUAAUAGUGAUAUUUCCAAGUCCCUUAUAAAAAUAUAUAUAUAAAAUUUUCCCUUCUAAGUAUAUCGUUUACUCUAAAACAAAUGUCAGGCGCAUUCAUGCAUAAGAUAAAAUGAUAAUUGUAACAAUGUAUUUAGAAAUUGAAUUGUAUUUAGUAAAAUAUUUGUAUACACAAUUUAAUAUAAUAUAUUAUUUUAUGUAAUUGCA